GGCGGGAGGGAGACCCGCGGGGGGCCGGGGCGGCCUGCGCGGCGUAGGGCGGCGGCGGAGCCCCCGGGGGGCGCUGAUGGGGGCCGCGGGCCGGGCCGCGAUCGGCGGGAGGCGCCGCCUCUGCUCCGCUGAGACCGUAGCGCGGCAAAAAUGCUGAGUUUCUUCCGGCGAACCCUUGGACGGCGGUCUAUGCGUAAGCAUGCAGAGAAGGAACGGCUGAGAGAAGCCCAAAGAGCUGCGACCCACAUCCCCGCGGCCGGGGACGCCAAGUCCGUCAUUACCUGUCGAGUGGCGCUGCUAGAUGGAAUGGAUGUCAGCGUGGACUUGCCGAAAAAAGCCAAAGGACAGCUUCUGUUUGAACAGAUCAUGUAUCAUCUGGACCUUAUAGAAAGUGACUACUUUGGAUUACGGUUCAUGGAUUCCGCACAAGUGGCACAUUGGUUGGACAACACAAAAAGCAUUAAAAAACAAGUUAAAAUUGGCCCACCAUACUGUCUGCAUUUUCGUGUAAAGUUUUACUCAUCAGAGCCCAACAAUCUGCGGGAAGAGCUAACAAGGUAUUUAUUUGUUCUGCAGCUAAAACUGGAUAUUCUUAGUGGAAAGUUGGAAUGUCCUUUUGACACAGCUGUCCAGUUGGCAGCUUAUAACAUGCAAGCUGAACUUGGAGACUAUGAUCCUGCUGAACAUGUCCCUGAACUGGUGUCUGAGUUCAGGUUUGUGCCCACUCAGACUGAAGAGAUGGAGCUAGCCAUUUUUGAGAAGUGGAAGGAAUGCAGGGGGCAAACACCAGCACAGGCUGAAACUAACUACUUAAACAAAGCUAAAUGGCUGGAAAUGUAUGGUGUAGACAUGCACAUAGUCAAGGCAAGAGAUGGCAAUGAUUACAGCCUUGGACUAACCCCUACAGGAGUUCUUGUCUUUGAAGGAGACACCAAGAUUGGUUUAUUUUUCUGGCCAAAGAUAACAAGGCUUGACUUCAAGAAGAACAAACUCACUUUAGUUGUUGUUGAAGAUGACGAACAGGGAAAGGAGCAGGAGCACACUUUUGUUUUUAGGCUGGAUCAUCCCAAAGCCUGCAAACACUUGUGGAAAUGUGCAGUGGAACAUCAUGCCUUCUUCCGGCUGCGAGGUCCUGUCCAAAAAAGCUCAAGUCGAUCUGGCUUCAUUCGGUUAGGAUCCCGGUUCCGAUACAGUGGGAAAACGGAAUAUCAAACCACCAAGACUAACAAAGCCAGAAGAUCGGCAUCCUUUGAAAGGAGGCCCAGCAAGAGAUACUCAAGACGAACACUACAAAUGAAAGCACAUGUUGCUAAACUUGAAGAAACCAGUAUUCCAAACAAUGCUGUUACUAACCAAAAUAAUGGAUCACAACAAAGUUGGACUGCAAAGCCAAACUUACCUGUCCUAACAGCAGUUCCUUCUGCCCCAGUCUUAGUGGAAAUAGAAAAUCUCCCAAGGAGCCCUGGAGCCAGCCAGCAAGACAAGAAGUGCGUACCUCUUGUCGAUUUACUAGACAGCGAGGAGUUGCCAGAAACUUGUGUUGAUGAUGCCAUAGGCCAUCCAGUAGCUGGCUUGACAACAGGAGUUUCAGAAGAGUCUGCUGGUUGCCCUCAUCCUGGCACAAAGGAAACUGCUGUUGAAAGAGCAGACUCUGAUCCAUUUGAAGACACGAUCCUAAAGCUGAAACAGCUGGAGACAGAGCACAGCAGCCCUAUACCCAUUGCCCGUCCCAACGUAAACAUAAAUGUACAGGAUGAAGUGGUAAAGUUGACAGAUAAAUGUCUUAACAAUACAAUUGAGAGCCCAAUACCAGUGGCAACAUGGCUUCCAGCAGAUAUCAAAAGCAAUAUCCUGAAGGCCCAGGCAGAGACAGGACACAAGGUCACAGGAGAAGACAGCAUGACAGGUAUCAAGAAUUCCAAUAUUCAGGAUGCCGCUGUCAGGAGCAUUCCAGCAGGCAAAACCCAGAGCAGUCCCCCAACAACCAGCCCGGGAUUUCAAGAACCAAGAGAGCUGCAGAAAGCAAUCUCUGCCUCAAACACCAUCAUUCCUAGUGCAUUAAAUGAGGAUAAUGCUGCCUCUGACCAUGAAGAGUUGCUGAUUCCGGCUGAUCUGGCUCCAGCUGAAGAGGCUGCCGUUUUAAAGAGCACUCCAGAUGACCAGGACGUUUCCUUAACAUCACUGACAGAGAAUCUGAUUGACUUUACAGAAGCCACCCCACGGGUGUCUUCCCAGCCCACGAUAACCCCAAGAUGGAUAGUGCCAACAGGAUUGAUUUCCAAUGGGCCUUUGGGAAUUGACGUUGCCUUGGCUCUGAAGGCAGUGAAAGGCAGCACGGAGGCUCUAUCAUCACCGGCUGGAUUGCCACCAUCUCAGCAGACAUCUGAAGUCCUCGCAAGCCCAGUAACUGAGGAUGCUACAGUAAGGACGAAAUGUUUACUCACCACUGAACUCUAGAGGAAGGAGCUUCUGCACUUCCCACCUUGUGAAAACUCAAACCUUCUAACAUCUCCAAGAGAAGGACUUGCUUGGGAUCAAGCUCUUGCUGAACUGGGAGUCAAACAGCCAGCUGUUUUGCUAGGAUUCAGGAAGAGACUUUCACGUUGUAUUGCAGUCCAACUGGAAUUACAGCCUAACCCAGGAUAUAAAACCACCUGAAAGUUAUCUUCUCCCUCAGGAGAGGUGAAAUACCACACUGGAGCUAGUUCUGAACAUAAGGAACAAAAUCUAGUUUUGUUCCAUUCAAACUAGGCUUAGUCUUUCUUUUACCCUGUGCUGCUUCAUAAGUGUUAAUGGAAAGUGUUCACUGUGAUGUUAGCUAAGUAGUGUUUGAACACUGCAUCCCAGGUCUUGAUAGAUUAAUAACAAGAAGAUUAGGAGACCUUGUAGGGCCACCUUGUGGCCGUACUAUGUAUGGUGUCUCACAGUAGUGAUUUCCUAUAGCCAAGAUCAUUUUCUUCUGUGUGAUUAUUCUGUUUCUUUUUGUUGUUGUUUUACCAGCACAUGCAUGCCUUUUUGGCCUUAAAACCCUAUAUAAUCUUUGCGCCUCUUGUUACAGUACCUGGAAAGAAUGAAAACCUAGUCUGUGAGUGACCAACUGCUUUGACUGGAUUUGAGCUGCACUUUGCAACCAGGAGAAGGAAGACUAACCUGCCAAACAGCUUAUAGCUUUCGCAGAGUACAGCAGAGGUCCCACAUUUUGACCCUGCUGAUUUCAUUUCCUGUAUGACUCAGAUACGUGCAUUUUAGUCUACAGAUGUCUAUUUAGUUUUGAAUGCUGAAGCAGUGAAGGUAUGAGUGCAGCUUACUUCAGGAACUGCUUGCUGGUUAAUUUUGUUGUCGUUUAGGGCUAGAAAGGAAAGAACUUUUGUUUAUUUUCAUAUUGUUUCCAGAUGCAGUGCUUUGGGAAUACUUGUCAGGUGUGUUAGUGGCAUAGGGUACAACUAGAUCAGUUCUUAACACCACCUCAAAACCAGAAGUCUCUUCUGAUAGGUGUUUGUGGAACAAAGAGCAGAAAGAAUAAGAGAAAAACAGGAAAAAAAGAUGAAAAGUUUCCAAAAGCAAUUCAUUGCCUUCAGUAGUAGGAAGAUAGAAGGGUAGGUGCACUUGCAAGAGCAGGCUCCACAGUGCUAGUGAAGGCUCUUUGGUGCUGAGGUGAAGUAUAGGAUAUGAUAUGUACGGUUUGAAGAGCUCAUUUGCAUCCUGGGCAACGGGAUCAUUGUGUGGAAACAUAAAGGUGAUCCCAUGGACCCCAGGGAUACAUUCUGUGAAAAAUAUCGAUGCAGAGCCAAAGGAAGGAGAAAUGUAGAAGCUCAGCAAUGAAUUCCACAUCUCCUAACAGGGAAGUGCUGCAGAUUGAACAACUGAGGUUGUCGCUUCUCAGGAAGAGGCUUGUACAUACGACUGGGGUUGGAGGAUGUUUUCUGCAUAGCGCUGCUGUUUAUAAAUAUUUAUAUACAUGUGUUUCUUGGAAGCAAUUUUAAAUGUGAAAGUUAGUUCUCAAAUGUGUAUGCACAGCUUCAUUCCCACACACCUGCUGUGUUUAUGUUUCUCAGUGUAGACAGAGAGUCUACCAAACCACUCCAAAGAGUGGACCAAACCACUGUGGAUUGUGUGAAUCCACUGGUGUCCUGCUAGGCUUUCAGACUAGGGUGUGUCUCGGAUGCUUUUACUGCUGCUUUUGUGCUCUUCUUUGCAAGAUGUUGAGUGAGAAUGUUAAGGACAAAACCACUCAACAUUUACAUAGCCCACUGCCACUCCUCAAAACCCCAGAGGCCUUAAUAGAGAAACGUAGAAACCGUUGGGAGCUCUGAGGACUGACGUACCAAAAUGACUCUCUGCAGACCAUAUUUGCAGCCAUUGUCUCAAGAAUCACGAGUGAAGAUUGAUGACAGGUGCUUCAGGUUCCCCCUCCUUACCCGAUGUGUAAUGGGGACACGCUCCCUGCUCACAGCACCGCUGACUAAGGGGAGCUGCUGUUCUGGACCCCAGGGGAUUGUUUCUGCUCACCAGCCAUUCAAGCUCUGUCAUUGUUACUUCCAGUUGAGUAUUGGCUUUUUUUAUACUUUUAAGUCUGAGCCUUAUUGCAUAUUAAAAUGUAGAAGGUUCCUGAUUCAAAUAUCAAAUGUCUUAGUCUGGAUUAAUACAGUUGCCAGCAAAGUUCCCGCAGAAAAAGGGAAGCUAUGGCUGCCACAGUAUGCUUCCUGCACAAAGCCAGUACUGUGUGGGGAAUCUUGGCAUUUGCGAUUGAUCUGUUUGCUCAGCAGCUGAGCUGGCAUUCGCCAGCUACAUGUGUUGGUUUUGUAAAUAGACAGAAUGCAGUAGCAUUUUCUUUAAGGCAUGUUUGAUAUUUGACUCUUCCCAUUGGGUUCAGGAGCUCUGUGAACUGUUAUCGUGAAUGUCUCCCAAAAGUAAAACAACACAAGUUUAUAGUUUACAAUAUUGUGUGUUAAAUACCAUACUUAGAUUCCUCCCCAGGAAUCACACCCGGUAAAUAACAUGGCGAUGAAAGUGUCCCACUAAAGUCUAAAUGGUUCCAAGUAGCAAGCUGUUUACUGUGACUUGGGUGAGGGGCCAUGUGCACAUACAAACACAUAUAAAAGAGAAUUCCAAUUGCUUUCAAAGGGUAAGUUUUUACUCAGUUUUCAGAGGACUAAUAGACUAAUAAUUGGAACUUUCUUUAAAAAUUCAAACUUUCAAGAGUCAAAUUGGGUACCUACUUAUAAUUUCUAGUAACAUCAGAGAGUUGCAAAUCCAGUAUUUUCCAGUGGUGUCCUGGUAGUUGGGGCAAAUAUUCACUCCGUUUAAUUCAGCACAGCUUAUUUAGCUAUUCCAAAUAAUUGCUUAUAAAUAGGGAGACAAGAGAGACCAAAACACCACAGUUAUGUGAUCUGAACAGACAGAGUUAGGUGUCUGAACAUCCUAUGGUUUUGCAUCACUAUUUUACUUAUAACAUUGUAGUUAAACCGCUGUAUCAUGACUGGCUAACAAGGCAGCAUUACUUAUCACCUUUAUUUUAGCAAACAAAUAGGAAAACUAGUUCCUGCGUUUAAUGUUAUGAAGUAUCAGUUAAUGCCUUUGUGCCACUGGGAAAAGGGGAUUUUUUUUAACCUUGUGAUAUUAUUGAUUCAUCAGAUAUAAGGUUCAGUCAUCCUCUAAAAGGUUAUUUUUUGGUAUUUAUUUAUUUUAAGGGAUUCAUAUAUGAGACUUUUCCCUGUUGCAUGAAUCUAAAGUUGAGACAUUGACAAGUCUGCCAUCCACUUAGAAGCUUUGAAAGUUGAGAGAAAUAAAUAAAUGCAGCUACAUGUUGUGUUGCAGUCAUUUGGAAAAAGCCAGCUCCCCCAUUAAAAAAAAAAAAAAAAGUUGUUUUUUUCCUUACAAAGUUACCACCUACUGACUUACUGAUGCAUGUUCCAGUUUAUAUUUAUUAACUUGCCUUACACCCUUUUGCUGUAUGUGCCUAUAAUGCUGAUCAGAUGGGCAAUUUUUAAUUCCAUAAUUAAAAAAUGAUCAUUUAAUUAAUAACAGAAAAUUAGUUGGACACUUUGAAAGAUUUUAUAUAAAUCUUAACAUUUAUUUAAAAAAAACCCACAACUUAAAAACUGAUUAACUGAUAACUUGUGGAUCUUGGAUCUUAGAACUCCAUUUCGGUCUCACCCAUUUAGCCUAACAGUAAGAGACUGGAGAGUCUAAAUAUACUGAGUAAAUGGUAAAUACCUGCAUCUUAUAGCUACAUGCUUUUGAUAUCAGAAUUAAAAUGCAGGAGUUUAGGACCUCUUACCACUUGAAUUAAGGGAAGUUCUUCUUUAGUUCAGCAGUAAUCGGGUUUAGUACUAGGUAAGUGAAACGGUAUAAAAUACUUAAAUGAUAAUCAGUCAUGGUUAAUGUAUUAGCUGGGAUGUAUCUAAUUUUAAGCUUAAAUUCCAUGCAUACUUUGUCAGAGCCAGACAGCUGUAUAAAAGGUAUGUUUUGGACAGUUUUCCGGACACAGAACUUUGGCAAGGAGAAAAUUCGCUGCAGCAGAAAAGGAGCUCAGGUGAACAGUCCAGUUACAUUGGAGUCUCUUUCCACAAACUCUUUUCAGCCCUGUGUCUGCAACUUGCUCAUUCUUGUUUCCUGCAAGCAAAGCUGUACUAUUAAGGUCAGCCUUUCCUUCACAAACAGCAUGGGAUACAUUUUUCACAUUGUGAACAUGUUCUGACACAGCCCAAAUCAUCUACAGAUUGAGUAUUAGCGGCUCUGUCUCAUGACCGGUUAGCAUUUAAAGGUCAACUGUCUGGGCAUGCGGAGGUGUUCAUUAGUCUAGAAGGCUGUAGUAAAAUGAUAUAGCAAUUAGACAUGGUUGCAUCACAGCUUUCAAAUGCAGCUGGACAAUCAUAACUUUUACCAAAAAAAAAAAAAAAAAAACAUGCUAAUGGCCUUUCAGUGAUGCAGGUGUAAUCCGUGUGUGUUUGGUCUGAAUGUUAGCACUACAGAAGUAACUACAGCGCCUUUUGCACCACACUCAAAUGGAAGUGGAAUUAGUGUGAUUUUAUUAAUUACACUGUCUUGUCACAGUAUUAAGGAGGGAAAUCCAAGCAAUUGGAGUAGCCUGUCUGAGAGCCAGGAUCCUUCAUUUGGUGUCGUGUUUGACUUUGUGCAUCUACAGGAACUGAGGAGUGAGUAUUGCUCCACAUAUAGUAAUGUCAGACUCUGCACAGCAGGGAGCUGCAAGAUUUUCCUACAGAGUUCACCUCCGUUUUACUGUUUGGCUUGAGCACUUUGCUGCGCGCACACACACACACACACACUCCUCCACCUAUAACUGGACAAACUUAUUUUUAAAGUAUGUAAGAAUAUUUUUUUAGCUAGAUAUUUUUUGUUAAAGUCACACUAACUACUGUAUUUUUACCUUUUAUAUGUAAAGCUUGGCAGUAGCUCUCAAUGUAUAAUUUAUUUGUUUUUUAUAAAGUGCACCCUCUUGCUUCUCUGUUUCACAACAGUAGUGGUGUAUGAACUGCUUUAGGCACUGCACUGAGAUCUGUAUUGAAACUGUACAUGGGAACAAGAAACUGUGAUUUGUAGUCCACUCAAACCAAUUUCGAAAUGUUUAUACUGUAGUUUUGUCUUAAAUAUACCACAUCAACGCAAAA